GGAUGGUGUCUUGGUUUUAUGUCCUAUAAACCACACCCAUCACUCUUUUUCUGCUCUCUGAUCUGAAUAUUUUUUCCCAGUAUUUCUUUCCCGUUUCUGAAGACACAAAAGGAGAAAAACUUCUCCUCCACAAUCUUCUCCCUCUCUCAAUAAAGGCAAGGUAUAAAUUAUGGCGGACGCUGAGGACAUUCAGCCACUUGUAUGUGACAAUGGAACUGGAAUGGUGAAGGCUGGAUUUGCUGGUGAUGAUGCUCCAAGGGCUGUUUUCCCUAGUAUUGUUGGUAGGCCUAGGCACACAGGUGUUAUGGUUGGAAUGGGUCAGAAGGACGCCUAUGUCGGGGAUGAGGCACAGUCUAAGAGAGGUAUUCUUACUUUGAAGUACCCUAUUGAUCAUGGAAUUGUGAGCAACUGGGAUGACAUGGAAAAGAUCUGGCAUCACACCUUCUACAACGAACUGCGUGUGGCUCCUGAAGAACAUCCUGUUCUCCUUACUGAAGCCCCUCUGAACCCUAAAGCCAACAGAGAGAAGAUGACGCAAAUCAUGUUUGAAACUUUCAAUGUCCCUGCCAUGUAUGUUGCUAUUCAAGCUGUGCUUUCCCUUUAUGCCAGUGGCCGUACCACAGGUAUUGUGCUCGACUCUGGCGAUGGUGUCAGCCACACAGUCCCCAUCUACGAAGGUUAUGCACUCCCACAUGCCAUCCUUCGUCUUGACCUUGCUGGAAGGGAUUUGACUGAUUCACUCAUGAAGAUCUUGACCGAAAGAGGGUACAUGUUUACAACUACCGCUGAACGGGAAAUUGUGCGUGACAUUAAGGAAAAACUUGCCUAUGUAGCCCUUGACUAUGAACAGGAGCUCGAGACCGCAAAGAGCAGCUCAUCAAUUGAGAAGAAUUACGAACUUCCCGAUGGUCAGGUAAUUACCAUCGGAGCAGAGAGGUUCCGUUGCCCAGAGGUUCUGUUCCAGCCUUCAAUUAUUGGAAUGGAAGCACCUGGAAUUCAUGAAACCACAUAUAACUCGAUCAUGAAGUGUGAUGUUGAUAUCAGGAAGGACUUGUAUGGCAACAUCGUGCUCAGUGGUGGAUCUACCAUGUUCCCUGGAAUUGCCGAUCGUAUGAGCAAGGAGAUUACCGCCCUUGCCCCUAGCAGUAUGAAGAUUAAGGUUGUUGCACCACCAGAGAGAAAGUACAGUGUCUGGAUUGGAGGUUCUAUCUUGGCAUCUCUCAGCACCUUCCAGCAGAUGUGGAUUUCGAAAGGGGAGUAUGAUGAGUCAGGUCCAUCAAUUGUCCACAGGAAAUGCUUCUAGAUUUAUGGUGCUAUGUAUGUUGUUGUGCAUUUUAUAUUUUACAUUUCUCGGAUUUUGAGAUGAGGAUGUGGUCGGUCAUGUCUGGUCUGCUUUGGUUGUUUUAUGCCCUUCUGUAUUCUUAGCUUUGUCUGUUUUAGUUCAUCUCUAUAAUAGAUAGUCUUCUAGGUCGGUGUGUAGUUGUAUGUAGGGGUCUGAAUUGCACUUUCUAUGAUCAUGUUAUUUUCCAAGUUUUAUAUAGGGGUUUAUGAUUGAUGAUAAAUUUCUAUCA